UCAGAGAAGAUGUAGUAAUUCUACCGGCUUUCAUGAAACUGUUGAUAUUUGAAACUCUUUAUAUGAGCUUGCCUCAAGUUAUAGAAACGUGGCGAUUUGAAUAGAUAAUGCAAGCAUGGUUCUUGAAGAGCAGUAUUGUUAUAAGCAAAUGCAGAAAGGCUGUGCUUUCCAGAAGCUUCGCGGGCACAAAAAAUUUUCUCGAGUCUACAAACUGAGUACAAAUCUGUGUUCCAUAACAUGGUACCCAACGCGAACAAGGGGUUCUAAAUUGUUAAUAGCAGAUAUUAAGAGAGUGAAAAGAGGUGUUAAUCCAAACAGAAAUAAUAUUUUUCCAUCGAGUGCAAUAUCCUACAGUCUGACAAUUUUCUUGAGCAAUCAAAGUAUUGAAUUACUCGCAACUACAAAUGAUUCUGCCGAUAUAUGGCUGGUGGGGUUGCGCUACCUGGUUUACAGAGCGACUUCCCAUGAGCACACUGUUCGGGGAAUGUGGCUCUCGGAAGAGUUUCAUCGCCUAAUAGAGUCAUCAGCGGGCGAAAGGGUGACAACAACAACCCCUACUAACUCGACAGGAAGAAUGUCACCUGAACAACUCCCCGCCUCACCGUUACACAGAGCAUCAGUCGAAGUUUCAACAAGGAGUCCGUCAUUUGGCAAUGAAUAUGCUGCAUCAGCAAUAGGAGUAAGUAACAACGCAGCAGUGUAUGGCGAAAUGACUUCAACAACCCAGCAUUUGACAGUGAGUCUUCAGAAGUGCAUCACUAGAAUAAAAGAGCUGUCCUACUACUGUGCACAAUUCUCACUGGCAUCACUGUCUGCUAGAGAUAACAGGAACAUCACGGAGAGGGAGUUCAUAGAAAUGUAUGAGUUCUACUCAAGCGUGGACCCUGUGCUAUCCUUCAUCUUUCAGUUCAACAGCAACGGUGAUGAUUACUUGACUUGCGAAGAGUUGGGAGCCUUCUUGCGUGUUGAGUUCCCCUACCUCUCGCAGGUGGACGAAGUGUACCUGGCGACUGUAGUAGAACACUAUGAACCCAUCCCCAUUCUGAGAACAGAGAACUGCCUUGGAAUAGACGGGUUGAUUACUUACUUGUUGAGUCCGGACCUGUCGGUGAUGAAUCCGUUCCACACGCAAGUCAACCAGGACAUGAGUCACCCAAUUACUCAUUACUUCAUCAACGCAUCACACAACUCCUUUCUCACAGGCGACCAGCUGUACUCACAGUCUAGUGAGGAAAUGGUUGGUAAGCUACUGUUGGAUGGAGUGAGGCACGUAGAACUGGACUUGUGGGAUGGUCCAGAUGGGGAGCCAGAGUGCUACCAUGCUUACACUAGUACUUCUAAAGUCAAGGUCAUCCAGGUGCUGCAGAUCAUCAGGGACACCGCCUUCGCCUCAUCACUAUUCCCAGUUCUUUUGGACCUGGAAAACCACUGCUCCAUUGUGCAGCAGAUCAAAAUAGCCCACUACCUGAGAGAUGUGUUCAAAGAGGCCUUGUUCGUGAACAGACCGGGUGAUGGGGAGGUGGCUCUGGACUUGGCAACAGUGCCUCUGAUCAACCUGAGGGGCAAGAUAUUUGUCAAAAGCAAAAGGAUACCCUCAAUGGACAACCAAUACGAGGUUCCGGCAUCGCCCCCUGGCGCCAACUAUGGAGAAGUUUCGGACGAGAAUAGUGCGGACGAAUUGCCCUCCCACUGCAAGACAUUUGCCAACACUCCGUCGGGAAACCCAGACGUCGUAACCACCCAUUCGGCUGCCGCAUCUGAUGGGGGAACCGGAACUGAUAAUUAUGAGAUGCUUCCUAUGUACGAACAGAGAAGAAAGCAACACAUCCUGCUGGGCAGAAAGCCUACUCUGGCACUCUCGAGGUAUCUCUCGGCUCUGGUAACAAUCAAAUCAAAGCUAAUUGACAUGGAGCAGCUGCAGCUAGAUCCCUCUCAGAGGGAACCGAAUGUACUUCACCAGAUAAACGAGAGAGACGCGGUGCUGCAAGUACGUCAGAAGUUCCUCGACAUCUCUCUCUUCUGUGAGUCGAAUCUAGUUAAGCUGUCGCCGUCAUCUUCAAGAGUAAACUCUUCAAAUCCAGAUCCCGUACAAUUCUGGAAUGCGGGAAUUCAGAUUGUGGCUCUGAAUCAGCAGAAACAGCAGCAGAACGACAAAGCGAUCCGGUUCAACAAGGCUUUGUUCAAGAGCAACGGGAACUGUGGCUACUUUCUGAAGCCGAUCUACUCUGCGAUGGGUAGUCAGGAGUGUCUGGAACUGGAGGUGAUGUUCUUCUUUGUCAGUCGCAUUCAGGCGUUCAUCCAGUCUCAAGUUGCUGCCAUGCCCAGCCACAGGUGGACUUUGCAGGUGGAGAUCAAAGGGCACAUGAAUGAUACCAGUACUCGAUACAUAGACUGCAUGAACUUGCCGCCCACUCCCGAGAAAUUCACCAUCAACUACCCAAGCAUGGCCUUCUUCUGCCUCACCCUCUACGAGGAGCUGUCCAAGUCGCGCAAGUUCUCCUCCGACUUCGUCAUCCCGGUUGCAUCCAUUGCUGCCGGAUUCAAGGUCGUACCGCUUCUCGGACCAAGUUCAUGUGUCGUAAUCGUGGAUAUCAACGCAAACACCAAGCCCCCAGGGAAAGAAAAACGUCGCAAGAGUUUUCUUAAAAUUGGCAGAAAACCAAAGUUGAGCGAGCUAAAAGACCAUCAGAAUCGACAGUCGUUCGAAAUCUACCAGUCCCAGAGUUUCAGAUUUAGUCGAAGAAACAACGUUUCAACUCCAAACUUGGCGACUGCAGGUCCGGUUUCCCCGAGCGCCUACUCGCAUCCGAAUGGUUAUAUUGUGAGAAACGGACAGAUUCCUCCGCGAGAAAUUAGCCCCGAUGAGUUCAGCUGUGGCUAUGAGGCGCAUUGUGCCACAGUUGGUGUGCCCAAUUCGAGUGGUCAACAGGGUUUGAGUGAACUUCAGAUGACGGCGGAGCAGAGGUGGAACCUGAACACUUCUAGUCUGAGAACCAGAAACCGGUCUUCAAUUCACGAGCUUGCCAUGUCUUCAAUUGCCAAUCUUUUCAAAGAAAAUACGAACCAUACCUCCAUUAGAAACCAAGUGCUGCUUGGAAAGUCCGCCCUUCUGUCAUCCGAAUAUGCCUCCCACUAUCAAACUCCCGUAUUGAACCUAAGUACGAACAACCCCCCUCAAGAUCCUCAGAAUGUCGAGGAGCUGCAAGCGACCCGACUGUCUAGCGACGAACUCAGAGCUAAUGUUUUUGACGAGAACACUGUGCCAAUCUAUGAUUCGCCCCUGGAAGACCAAGUUUCUCAGUCCUGUCAUAACUCGCCUUUGCACCAAGAGUCGAGCGAGGAUUACCAAAGGUCCAGAUCGGCCAAAGAUAAUAGCAUGUUCGUGGCUCAUACUGAAGCUUCUGCGUUUAUUCCCUCUGAAAAAGCUGUUAAUAGAAGCGAAGUUCAGGAAGUAGCACCCUUUGAAAUUGCUCAACGUAAGCCUCAGCCUCUAGAAAGACAAGCAUCACAUGAUCCAGGACCGAGUCAGGGUUUCAGACCAGUCAACCGUGUUGAAAGACCAUCGCCAGCUCCGAGACUGCCAGGCAAAGGUUCCAAAAUGCCUGCCAGGUCUGUUAGAUACGGCAAUAGAGCUACAGGAAGCGGCUAUAAAGGUGCUCCUAAAAGUUUCAUCAGAGGUCGAGCUAGUAGUCUUUCGGACAACGAUCAGUUCUCAAGCGAUGAAGAGUUAGAUGACGGUCAGUUUAUGAGUUCAGCUCAGAAAUUUGACCAAAAGUUGCCAACUGAACGGAGCUCAUUUUUGAGUGGAGAAGAUAGUUUAGAUUUAGAAGACAAUUUAAAUCUGUCAAAUUUAGCUGCUGAAAUUGAAGAAGAAUUUGGAAAUAUGAAUAUUAACGCGUAUGAUUACUCGGAUGAUGAUUAUUUAAAACAGAACUUCCAAGAAAGUGAGCCAACUAGUGUAGAUAACUUCCAAAAUAUUAAAUCUCAGAGUAGUCUUGAUUUUGAUCAUGGGCGGGCGAAUACUGACAGUUACCUGGGCGCUGACGAGUCGGAAGGUUAUGCGCCUGAUUUGGAAGAGGGACCGAGGGGUGCUUCGGCAGUCGUUAAGCCGAGAGCUAGAGCAUUCACUCGGCAAACGAGCGGUUAUGAGUCAGGACUUGAAUCUCCGACUGCUGAAGUGGCUAGUCGUGAAGAGAAAAAUGAAGUUUCAGAUGAAGAUGAAACGAAUGCAAGUCAAGGCAAUCAAUAUUUCUACCAAACUACCAUGGUUUAAACUUCAGCUUAAACUGCUAAAACAAUGUUUUGCAAUAAAUUUGUACCUAAUUGAGAGUGUAAAUUUCAUAUAGCCAAAUUUGUGAAAUCAAUAAUUUGCUGUAAAAUCUAUCUAGAGUUUAUGUUAGCCUGCAUAAAAUUAGUUAAAAACAAAUUCUAUUUGCAAAUUCAAAAUAUUAGU